AUGAAUAAAAUCGAACUUGAUGAAACAUUGAUAGAAAACGCCCUAUUUUCCGAUGUUAUCAAGGCUAUCUCUGAUAAAUUUAAAACAUUCAAAGGACAAAUUAAAAUAGAUGGAGAGAUAGUCGAGGAAGGGAAUCACAGACAAUACAUGUCACUCCUCGGUUUCAAUGCCAAAACCUUUCACAAUAUCUUUUCAAAUAUGGACAAAAAAUCCGAUGCUUCCGAUUGGUAUUUUACAGGAAAAAUAAUUUUAAUGAAAGACAAUUUCCAAGAAAUAAAAAGAUCGAGAGUUGGUAGAGGAGGAACUGAUCUACUAAAAAAGAUCAAUGAAUACGAAGGCGAAAAUUGUUACAUACCUACAGAUGGUCACUGUUUUAUCAAAUGCGUCAAUCGUGUUUUGAACAAAGAUUUAACGUGUAAAUUUCAAGAAUACAUCAACGGGUUUUCAAAAGCAAAUAGAAAAGGAGUGAUGACUUGUGCUAGAAUGAAUGAAUUCAACAAGAAAUUCAACACUUCGUUUCAAAUUUAUAAUCCCAAAAACAGACAUUUUCACCCCAGAGACGUUCACGAUGAAUUAGAUUGGGUUUUGUACUUACACAACUCGCAUUUCUGUUUGAGUAGAAGAAGCCAAAAAAGUUUGGGAAUUCAAGAAAUAGAAGACAAUUACGAACAGGUGUGGAAAACGUGUAGAGACGACAACGCAGUAACACAGGUUUCACCCCUCAAACUAAACGUGCUUUCGAGUAUGAGUGAUAAUGCGUUAUUCGCUUGGGAUUGCGAAACGUAUUCAGAAAAAGACACGCGAAGAGCAAUUCCUUAUGCCUUUAAUACUUUAAUUAAUUUAGAAAAACUAAGGAAAAUGUUAAACAGAAUAAAUAAUCUCUUUCCAGAUUUAAAGUCAUCAGUUCCAGAAGAAUUUUAUGAUAAACUAAUGAAUGUAGUAGAAAUAUUUGUAGGUACAGAUUGCAUCGAUCAAAUGUUGAAAUAUUUAGGUCAAUAUGAUAGAAAGAGAUUAAUAUUAAUUUCUCAUAACGGCAGUGGAUUCGACAACUGGAUCGUGCUUAAAAAUGCAAAAAAACUAACGCAUUGCCCUUUAAAAACACCCAGAGGAAUUCUAUCUUUUCCUUUAUCUAAUCCAUACACCGAUGAAGAUUUACAGAAAAAAUGGAAAAGACAGAAAGAAAUAAAGGGUAAUUAUUUACAACAUAUUAAUUUCACGUGUUCCUAUCAACACGAAUCCUCUAGUUUGGCUGCAUGGGGAAAUUCUUCCAAUCUUCCCGCGAAUUUGAGAAAGAUUGCCGACGUAGAUAUCGCUAAGUACACGCGAGACAACUGGGAGGAAUUGAGACACGAAUGGGAACCUUACGCCAAGAGAGACACUCUCUGUUUGGGAAAGUGA